UUGUGUUGCUGACAAAACAUAAAGUCUAUUUCCUAUUGUCCACUCUCUCUCUCUCUCUCUCUCGCUCGCUUUCCCUCUCUCUCCAAAGAAAGCACAUUCAAACAUUCCAACAACUGUUUUACUCACUUUUGAACUUGGCUGGACAUUAUGCAGUAAAAUAUGGGAAGCAUAUGAAAAGGUUUCGCUCUCGCACAGACGUACGUUUGGGACAAGCAUCUUUCAUAAAAUUGUCAUCAGUCAUGGAGGGUCUCGCUCGUGCUAACAGUCUCUUCGCUCUGGAUCUCUAUCGGGCUCUGAGCGCGAGCAACUCUGAGGGAAACAUGUUCUUUUCCCCGCUGAGCAUCAGCGCAGCGCUCAGUAUGGUCUACUUGGGAGCCCGAGGAGACACAUCUGAAGAAAUGGCAAAGGUUUUGUCCUUCAGUUCUGUCUCUGAUGUUCACUCUCAUUUUGAGAGCCUCACCUCAUCAAUCAACAGUCCAUCAGCCUCCUACAUCCUCAGACUGGCCAACCGCCUCUACGGAGAGAAAACCUUCAGCUUCUUACCCGAGUAUUUGGACUCCACCCUGAAGCUGUACCACGCCGACCUCCAGGCUGUGGACUUCAUUGGAGCAUCUGAUAAGUCAAGACAGCUCAUUAACAAAUGGGUGGAAGAGCAGACUGAGAAUAAAAUCAAAGAUCUUCUCAAGCCAGGAAUGGUGACUGGAAUGACCCGACUAGCUCUGGUUAAUGCCAUCUUUAAAGGGAACUGGCUGCAGAGAUUUAAUGCUCAAGACACUAAAGAAAUGCCAUUUAAAAUAAACCAGAAUGAGAGCCGACCAGUGCAAAUGAUGUACCAGAAGAAAAAGUUCCCCUUCAACUAUGUCUAUGAGCACCGCUUGCAAGUGCUGGAGUUGCCAUACGUAAAGGAGGAGCUCAGCAUGUUGAUCCUUCUUCCUGAGGAAACUCAGGAUGGCUCUGACCCUCUUCUGAAGCUGGAGAGUGAGUUGACCCUUGACAAGCUUCAUGAAUGGACCAACAGAAACAAUAUGGACACCCAGACAGAGAUCAUAGUCCAUUUUCCAAAGUUCAAACUAGAGUUUGAGAGCUCCUUAGCAGAAACAUUGAUGGGAAUGGGGAUGACCUCUGUGUUCCAGGAGGGAAAGGCUGAUCUAACAGGCAUGAGCAGUCAGGGUGGCCUCUUCAUUUCAGCGGUGGCCCACAAGGCGUUUGUUGAUGUAAAUGAAGAAGGCACAGAGGCGGCAGCAGCUACAGCGGUGAUUGUGGCCUUCUGUAUGUUACGAGAAGAGCACUUCAUGGCAGAUCACCCCUUCUUAUUCUACAUCAGGCACAACCCCACCAACAGCAUCCUCUUCUUUGGCAGAUUCAGAGGCCCAUCUUAAAUUUGUGAUGUUUGUCUAUCUAACACCAAAAUAUAAACAAUAAAUACCAUUAUUAAAUAAUUGA